AUGUACACGUACGAGAACGCGGGGGCUAGUGCCUUGGCGCAAGCUGAGAAGCUAGAAGCUAAGGCGGCAAAGCUGCUCGAAGAGGCUGCUGCUUUGAGGGCUCAAUUCCUUGACAAGGCUCGCACCACCGUGACCAACGAAAGUAGUGACGAAGAGAGCGACCGUGUAGUCUUGACGCCCGGUUCCGAGUCUAGUACAUCCGAUCCUGCGAACAUUGUCACGGAGGAUGCUGCUGCGGUCGAGGAGGCGAUAGCGGCACAGCUACGAGAAACAUCCCAGGCUGCAGAAGUGUCUGAAGGUCUAGAUCGCAUGGAGAUUGACGAAGAGCUCGCGCAAGCGAAUAAGCAGAAGAAGAAAAUGAAGGAAAAGAAGAAAAAGAAGAAUAAGGAGAAGGAGAAGGCAAAGGAGGAGGUUCCCAUCACUGUCGAAUCCCCUGAUAGUGACGUUGUUGCUGGCCUGCCGACCGGUAGCGCAAUGUCUAUCGAAGAGGAUUCUGUUCCUGAAGCUAAAAAGGCUAAAAAGGAGAAGAAGAAGCAGAAGCAGAAACAGAAGAAUAAGGGCAAGGACCAGGAUGAUCAUCAACCCGAGAACGAGGUCGCUGAAGGCCAAAAGGACAAGCAGAAUAAAAAGGCCAGCAAGGCGAAGAAAGAAACGGCUACAGCGGUUGCUGCGCCCGAGGACCAUCCUUCCGGAGCAACUCAAGCUACCCCAGCAAACUGGAAUGUCAACGCCCUGGAGGGUGGGGCAGCGCGUCAAAGCAAGUUCAUGAGGCUCCUAGGCGGUGGGAAGGCGGGUACCGGCCAAGGCCAAGGCGUGGCCUCUUCUCUUUCCGGCUUUGACGUUAAACGAGUUGAGCACGACCUUCAAAGACAGUACGAUACUGGACUCCAGAUGAAGUUUGAUGGCCAGGGCAAGCGAAGAGGUCUCGGUGCAUAA